AUGCCGCCUUUGGUAGCGCUUCCCUCGCGCUCGGAUGCCUUCAGUGACUACCGUCCGAGCCGUAAUGCUCACACCGACCUCCUCACCAACAAGCGCAGUGGCGGGCGUAUCGUCAAGAUCGGUCUCAAUGACGUUCCCGGCAUCAAUGUAUCGGUGAAGGACCUGUCAACCUCCGUCUCGAGCAUCCUGCAGGGCCAGCAGCCGCCCCCGUCCUAUCACAAGAUCAGCGAGCAGGUGCAUCAGCUCGUCGUCCGCGGCGAUGACACUCUCACGACACUGUACACCAAAAUCAAUGUCGAACUACAAGCAUACGUGAGCCGUAUUGUUCGCGACUCACGCGCAUUCCUCAUGGCACGCGAGAAGAACUGGCUUGGAAAGCUUCUUGCGACUUGGAAGGAGUAUUCUGAUCGUGUGGAAGAGGGACUGGAGAAUAUCGCCACACUUGCGACAAACUUCUUUGCUCUCGAUGUAUGGAAGAACGACCUUCUUUGGGAGAAGACUCGGAACGAAAUCCUCGCAUGGGUCAACGCUGAGCGACAGGGGGUGGCGACGGACCGAAAUGCGGUCCGGGAAGUUGUUUCCCUCUCCCAUCGCCUUGGGACGUUCAAGAAGCUCUCGAGUGUAUACCUGGACGACCUCGCCGAGCACUACAGCCGUGAGGCACAGGACCGGCUCAAUGCUGUUGUUGCCGGCGGCACCGGGACGGAGUACGUCUCAUGGGCGUUGGCUAAGGAGGCCGAGGAGGCCGAGCGAUCAUCUGUCUUCUUCAGUGAUCCCAGCGAGGUAGUCAAGAGCCUCCGACUAGCUGUCGCUCACCCUGCGAGCGAGGUCGUCCGCCCCGCCCUCGAUGAGGCGAUGUACCGCGACGACACCGAAGCUCUCAGCCGUCUCUACGUCUUCUGCAAGGAAGGCGGACUCGUUCCAGUGUUUGCUGGUGCGCUGCGAUCGCACAUUGAGCAGCGCAUGAAGCAGCUCAUUUCGGAUCCCGCGAACGACCCGCAGAUGAUCGACAGCACGCUCAAGUUCAAGCGGUUCGCAGACGGCGCCGUUGGGCAGAUCUUUGGCGGGGCGGGGCGCACAUCGCCCACCCGAGCUGCUGCGCCGAGUACGCCGCGACAAAGCCGGCCAUCAACGCCAUCAGAGGGCCUGCAGCCGCGCAAGCGGCGAGCAGAGUUGGCCAGCAGGCUGCCCCAGUCGGAAGUGGCAGUCGUACUUCGCGGACGAGAAGCAAUGGGCACAUCAUCAACUCUGCCCGAGCCACAAGAACCGCAGAUCAAGUCUCAGACUCAGCUCGAGCUCGAGGAUGCGGUGCGAGCGGGAUUCAAGGCCGGUCUUGGCAGUCGGCAGAAUGCGCCCGCGGAGUGGAUCGCGAAGCACCUUGACAGCGUCAUGCGUCGCGGGCCAAAGGAUGGCGAGGACGAGUUCAACGCGCUGCUCGACGAGAUCGUAGCGCUUGUCGGGUUUACGCCUGACAAGGACGUGUUCCGCGCUUUCUACACAAGCGGACUCGCCAAGCGUCUCCUGCUCAACAAAUCGGCGAGUGACGACAUGGAACGCAACAUGAUCAUCAAGCUGCAGAAAGGCUAUCAGGCUGCCAGGGCGAAGAACCCGGACGACUUCAAGGACCACAGCGACUUUACCGCGAACGUGCUCACGGAAUCGGCAUGGCCGACGUACAAGCUGCUGAAGGACGGGUGGGCGCUGAAGCUCACCCCUGGGCUCCAGAGCGCGCUCGACUCUUUCACAACGUGGUACACAACGCAGCACAAGAACCGCAAGUUGUCAUGGCGCCACCAGCUGGCAACCGUAGUCAUGACUACACGCCUCGGCGGCGGCAAGUACGAGAUCACGCUGUCGUUGUUCCAGGCUGUCGUCCUGCUCCUGUACAACGAGGAGGAUGUCCUGACGUGUGCGGAGAUCCAGCGAAGAACGGGCAUCGAAACCUCUGAGCUGGUGCGCACGCUACAGUCGCUCGCGAUGGGGCGGAAGGGCACGCGUGUGCUCCUGAAGCGGCCAUCCGGCAAGGAGGUGAACCCCGAGGACGAGUUCUUCCUGAACAAGAAGUUCCACAGCGACAGAAUCAAGUUCAAGAUCAACCAGAUCCAGCAGGACCUCAGCAAGGAGGAGAGCAAGGAGACGAAUGAGCAGGUGCUUGUGGACCGCGUCUCCGUUCUCGAGGCAACCAUCGUACGCAUCAUGAAGGCGCGGAAGACGCUCCCGCUGGCGCAGCUCAUCGACGCCGUGGUAGUGGACGUGUCCAAGCGCUUCCCGCCGGACGUAAAGGAGAUCAAGAAGCGCGUCGAGAGCCUGAUCGAGCGCGAGUUCCUCGCCCGCUCAGAGCAGGAGCGCAACGUCCUCAACUAUCUUGCGUGA